CUCAGUCACUGCUGGAAAGAGGAGCUGGGAGGAUGUGCGCGCUCUCACCGCGGCUCCCCACGGCACAACGAGAGCACCGGCAGAAAUAAGGGAAGGAAGGCGAACCGAGAGCCGAGGAGCCCUCCCAGGCCGAGCAGAGGGACCACGAGGGGCAGCGGAGCCGCUCUUCGCCCGUGCGGAGCCCCCGCGCCGCUUUGGCAGUGCCGGAGAUUUGGGCCUUUUCUCCUGCGUUGUUCCUUCCACAGACCGAGCCUUCUGCCUCCUCCUGCUUUUCACUUUCCUCCCCCGCGCCUUCCCUCGGUGGAUAUGGACAGAAGGGGGAUCACUGCGGAGAAGCAGCAGCCGCCAGAACAUAUUUGAGCCCCGGGUGCUCGGAGCGUGGCACAGACUUUUUGUGUUUCUGUGGGUGGUGUGUGUGUGUGAGUGAGUGUGUGUUGGAGGUGUGGGAGGAGGGAUUGGUUUGCCUGGGGGUUGGCUGAGGGGGUGAGUGCUCGGAUGAAGACCUCUUUUUGCCGUGAUUCUGUGCUCCAUCGGGGCAGCUUGGAGACUUGGAGGGUUUGAAAUUGUAACGCGAAUCAAGAGAAAAGAAAGAAGAGAGAGACACGCAUACAAAAGGAUUUAUUUCCUCUCCGUUAGUGGAUUGCUGAGUGAGAAGGAGGAAAAACACAAGGGUGGGUUGUUUUAUUUUGUUCAUAUUUUUUCCUUAAAAAAAAUCCCUUAAGUGGAUUUGCACCAGGGUGGAAGAUAACUGGGGAUUUUUGCUGUUUGCUUUGGGAAUAGAAACUAAAAAAUGGAGACUGUAAGUAGAAGCAGCUUCCAGCCUCAUCCAGGACUGCAGAAGACCUUGGAACAGUUUCAUCUGAGCUCUAUGAGCUCCCUGGGUGGCCCUGCUGCUUUCUCCGCACGAUGGGCACAGGAGAUGUACAAGAAAGACAAUGGCAAAGACCCAGCGGAACCUGUACUGCAUCUGCCCCCGAUCCAGCCUCCCCCGGUCAUGCCUGGUCCCUUCUUCAUGCCCUCGGACAGAUCGACCGAGAGGUGCGAGACCAUCCUGGAAGGGGAAACCAUCUCCUGCUUCGUGGUGGGCGGAGAGAAGCGGCUUUGCUUGCCCCAGAUCCUGAACUCGGUGCUCAGGGACUUCUCCCUGCAGCAGAUUAAUUCGGUGUGUGAUGAGCUACAUAUUUACUGCUCCAGAUGCACUGCUGACCAGCUGGAAAUCCUCAAAGUCAUGGGCAUCCUGCCCUUCUCCGCUCCUUCCUGCGGGCUCAUCACGAAAACUGAUGCUGAGAGGCUUUGUAACGCCUUGCUUUAUGGUGGCACCUAUCCUCCCCACUGCAAGAAGGAAUUCUCUAGCACGAUUGAGCUGGAGCUCACGGAGAAGAGCUUCAAGGUGUAUCAUGAGUGCUUUGGGAAGUGUAAGGGACUCCUGGUGCCAGAGCUUUACAGUAACCCCAGCGCAGCCUGCAUCCAGUGCUUGGACUGCAGGCUCAUGUACCCACCUCACAAAUUUGUGGUCCACUCUCACAAAUCGCUGGAAAACAGGACUUGCCACUGGGGCUUUGACUCUGCAAACUGGAGAUCCUAUAUCCUCCUCAGCCAGGAUUAUACUGGGAAAGAGGAGAAAGCUAGACUGGGCCAGCUCUUAGAUGAAAUGAAAGAAAAAUUUGACUAUAACAACAAAUACAAGAGGAAAGCCCCCCGGGUCUCUUCAGAUCCUCCUGCUUCCAAAAAGCCCAAAAUAGAUGACUCUGCUUCCCAAUCUCCAGCUUCUACUGAGAAGGAAAAACAGUCCAGUUGGUUACGGUCCUUAUCCAGUUCAUCUAAUAAGAGCAUCGGCUGUGUCCAUCCCCGGCAGCGCCUCUCCGCCUUCCGGCCCUGGUCCCCCGCGGUGUCUGCCAGCGAGAAGGAGCUCUCCAGCCACCUGCCCGCCCUGAUCCGCGACAGCUUUUACUCCUACAAGAGCUUUGAGAGCGCCGUGGCCCCCAACGUGGCCCUGGCCCCUCCAGCCCAGCAGAAGAUCGUGAGCAACCCUCCCUGUGCCACCGUGGUGUCCCGGAGCAGCGAGUCCCUGGGCUCUGCCCAGCCGAGGAAGAGGAAACACGGCGCCGAGCACACGGCCGUCCCCGAGGCUGCGGCCACCGCCGCCGCCGCCCCCGAGGAGGACAAGGAGUCGGAAGCAGAGAUUGAAGUAGAAACCAGGGAAGAAUUCACCUCCUCCUUAUCCUCGCUCUCCUCCCCAUCCUUCACCUCCUCCAGCUCUGCCAAGGACAUGAGCUCCCCUGGGAUGCAGCCCCCAGCCCCCGUCAACAGCUCCUACGAGGUGGCCGCACACCCUGACCCCCACAGCAGCGGGCUGGAGGCUGAGCUGGAGCACCUCAGGCAGGCCCUGGACAGCGGCCUGGACACUAAAGAAGCCAAAGAGAAGUUCCUGCACGAGGUGGUGAAGAUGAGGGUGAAGCAGGAGGAGAAGCUGAACGCGGCCCUGCAGGCCAAGCGCAGCCUGCACCAGGAGCUGGAGUUCCUCAGAGUGGCCAAGAAAGAGAAGCUGAGGGAAGCGACGGAGGCCAAGCGCAACCUGCGGAAAGAGAUCGAGCGCCUGCGAGCCGAGAACGAGAAGAAGAUGAAGGAGGCCAACGAGUCGCGGAUCCGGCUGAAGAGGGAGCUGGAGCAGGCGCGGCAGAUCCGCGUGUGCGACAAGGGCUGCGAGGCCGGCAGGCUCCGCGCCAAGUACUCGGCACAGAUCGAGGACCUGCAGGUGAAGCUGCAGCACGCCGAGGCCGACCGGGAGCAGCUCCGCGCCGACCUGCUGCACGAGCGGGAGGCCCGCGAGCACCUGGAGAAGGUGGUCAAGGAACUUCAGGAACAACUGUGGCCUAAAGCCAGCAGCCAGCCCAGCAGUGAGAGCACCUCGAGCCCCAUGGAGAACUGACCCCUCGCUCCCCAGCACGGGGAGGGAGAGAGUGGGACUGGGAGCGCACGUGUGAGUAGUGGUGUCCUGGCACACGCUUUAGGAACGUGGAUUCUCAGUAGUUGGAAGGCAAAUGUUGUUACUCUCUAGAACAGAAGCACUGAAUUCCGCCUCUUUUUUUUCCCCGAUCCGUAUAGCACAACAUCUUACUGUGCCUAGAAAACACAAAGUGUUUGUAAACAAAAUACUUUUAAGUCCACAGCAAAUUUUCUACUGGCAAACUCCAAGCAAAGCAGCGUGGUCCAGCUAAACCCGGAGU